ACGAAACAGACUUAUAGAACCCCAGAUGCUGAACCUCAAAACUAAGUGGCCGAAUCUAUUUUUCAACGACUUUCUGUACAGCGACCUGUCGACAUACCACGUCCAUGUCUCGAUCUCGCCGAUUGUGAUGUACGAAUCCGACGCGUCGAUCAUCCACUACAAACGCGAAUACCAAAGAAGAAGCAAACAGCUCAGAGACUCGGGUAAAUUCUCUUGUCUGCCCAUCAACUUGGACGGCAAGGUGAAAAUGUUUACCAGAAUCGAUUACCAGCGAUUUUUUUUGGCUCUUUCGCUUGACGAGCCCACAGUGAAGCUCAUCGAGCCAAUUUGCGACACAUUCUGCGACAUUAGGUUUUCCCAGGAUGACAUUGGCUACGUGAACGGCGAGCUGCCCGGAUCGCCAAUGCAGAAGCUUGACAGUUUGCACGUGUCCCUUGGGAUGAACGCGCUACAGCAGCCGGCGACCAACAACUUCCCUUUUGGCAUGUACGAGCUGAGCUAUCUGAACAACGUGCUACUCAAGCCUAAGACGGAGCUGCUAAAAACGUUCCCUGAUCGACUGGGUCUGGACCUGAUUAGCGACGUCAAGGUGGAACUCACGCGUGAGGAGAUUCAGGAACUGCAGUUUGAAAGCUCGCGGCUGGUUUGUUCGCUGGACAAGGGCGAGCUGUGGGAAGAUCUCUGAUCCUUGAACACAGCCCUAAAAAAAUUGCAACCCA